AUGCGCGCACCCAAGGCAAGACAAGACCUUUCUUUUGUAAAAGCUAGACUAGCUAUGAUAUCCGCAAUUGUGAUCCUUCAUUUGCGAGGCGCUUUACUCGACACACAUCGUUCCCAGCCACGCAUACUUGAUAGCCAUUUGGCAACUUUAAGAAAAGAAAUUCUUUGCUGGUACAUGCUCUGUAAGCUACUCAUCAAUCAUAUCUACAGGUCGACCGCCUGUCAACGUACGCAAUGUGCUGUUCCCCCAUCAACAACUGCUUCUUGACUUGGAAAUGCAGCCAGUGGCAAUUUGGACAGUAACGGAUCAAAAAAUACACAUGACAGUACAUAUCUUCACAUGAAAGAAUCAGGCUCUUUAUUGGACAGAACUAUCGCAAAACCACAGUCGAUAUCAUUUCCCAGCACGGGCAGUCUGUAUCAAACAAACCGACAUCAGCGUAAACACUCAUUUGAAUAUGCUGCCAGGUCACUGACAGGCCACAAAGGUCGCGUCGUAUUGACAUGGCGGUGUCUUAAAAAGAAUCCAGAGAGAACAAUGAGCUGCAUACGGUGCACACAUUUCCAGUAUCGCAGUGAGCCGUGCUCACAGGCAACACCAACCAUC